AUGCCAAAUGAUAAUAAUAUUCCGAGCACUGUUGCCGGCUACAAUAUAUGUGAAAGGAUCGGGAGUGGAUCGUUUUCGAGUGUGUUCAAAGCAGUCUCCACAUCACCGGGCCCAAAUGGCGUACGCACCACCGUGGCAAUCAAAGUGAUGGAUAUGCUGGCUGCAAAUGCAUCGAAGCUCACAUCCGAUUGUGUUGUUUCGGAAAUACGCAUACUGAAGAGCUUAAAACAUAGGUUUCUUUUUUUUUUUUUGUCUUCUUCCAUCUCCGUUUGUACUUGGGAUCGAAAUAAUAUCUAUUUGAUAAUGGAAUUUUGUGGUGGCGGUGAUUUGGGUUCGUUUAUCAAACUUUAUGGUUCGUUGCCUGAAGCCAUUACGCGACGUUUGUUCUGUCAGUUAGCCUCGGCGAUACAGUAUAUGCGAGCACUGAAUGUGGCUCAUAUGGAUUUGAAACCUCAAAAUAUCCUUCUCACCAAUCGAUAUAAGCCUUUUAUCAAGAUAUCGGAUUUCGGUCUUUCGCAGUAUUUGAAAAAUGACGAACAUGCUUCAUCAUUCAGAGGCUCGCCUCUUUACAUGGCACCCGAAAUCUUAUGCCACGGGCCGUAUGAUAGCCGCGUCGAUUUGUGGUCUUGCGGUGUUAUUCUGUACGAGUGUUUGUACGGAAUGCCGCCGUUUACGGCUGAUGCAUACGAAAAUUUAGUGGACCAAAUAUUGUCACAGCGUUCCAUAAAUUUUCCAAUGAAUGUACGGCUUUCAUUUGAUUGUCUCGAUCUUCUACAGGCACUGCUUGUCCGUAAUCCGCGUCACCGGAUUACAUUCGAAAGGUUUUUUGCGCAUCCAUUUGUUGGUCUUGCCAAGGCAGCUUCAUUCGCCGAAAUUGAAAAAGCAGACAAUUAUGUGGAAAAGUCUCGGCAAGCCGAAGCUGAAAGUGUUCGUUUCUUUUUUGAUUUAACAGCUGCAGUUCCUUCUCCAGUGGUUUGCGAUAGACCAUGCCUAUUUUUAAUUUGUCGUUCCACUCCUUACCGAGGACUCGGAUCCAAAACACGAUAG